AUGAAGACAUCUAUGCAAAUGGACGGUUCCUUCCUUUUAUUUUUCUUAGAAUUCUUCCGUUCUAUUUCCAUCUCUUUUCACAUCUCAACAUAUACAACAGUAAAUACUCGAAUUAUCUAUCUAUCUAUCUAUCUAUCUAUCUAUCUAUCUAUCUAUCUAUCUAUCUCUAUAUAUAUAUAUGCAACAAUUUGUUCAUAUCUAUCAAUUUAUCUAUAUAUCUAUCUCAGUAAUUUCUAUCUCAUUAUUUUCUUCUUUUUCCUCUCUCUCUAUCUACCUAUCUCAGAUUUUAUUCUUUCAUCUGUUUUUCUAUCUAUCUAUCUAUCUAUCUAUCUAUCUAUCUAUCUAUCUAUAGAUAUUUUUUUCUUUUCGUCUCUCUAUCAAUCUCUGUCUUUUCCUCAUCUAUCUAUCUCAGUUUUUUCGUUAUUCAUCAUUUCUAUCUAUCUAUCUAUCUAUCUAUCUAUCUAUCUAUCUAUCUAUCUAUCUAUCUAUCUCUUUUUGCCCUUUUCCUCUCUCUUUCUAUCUAUCCAUCUCUGUCUUUUCUCCAUCUGUCUGUCUCAGCUUUUCUUUCUUCAUCAUCACUCUCUCUCUCUCUCUCUUUCUCUUUAUAUAUAUAUAUAUCACGUUAUUUUCUUUUUUCGUAUCUCUUUAUGUACGUUAUCUAUCUAUCUAUCUAUCUAUCUAUCUAUCUAUCUAUCUAUCUAUCUAUCUAUUUCAGAGUUCAAUUUUACCGUUCGAGCUGCAUGUUUGAUUUAG